UGUUGGAGCGCCUUGGAGACGACGAUGGAGAAGUACCAGAAGAUGAAGGUGGUGGGGCGGGGAGCGUUCGGUAUUGUCCAUUUGUGUCUACGGAAAGCUGAUCAAAAGCUAGUGAUCCUGAAACAGAUCCCUGUGGAGCAGAUGACUAAAGAUGAGAGGCUAGCUGCUCAGAAUGAAUGCCAAGUACUUAAACUCCUCAAUCACCCAAAUAUAAUUGAGUACUAUGAAAACUUCCUGGAGGACAAAGCUCUGAUGAUAGCGAUGGAGUAUGCACCAGGAGGUACCCUGGCUGAAUACAUCCAGAAGCGUAACUCUUUGUUGGAUGAGGAAACCAUCAUGCUCUUCUUUGCACAGAUCCUUCUGGCCCUUCAUCAUGUGCACAAUAAACUUAUCCUGCACCGAGAUCUGAAAACACAAAAUAUCCUGCUUGAUAAAUACCAAAUGAUAGUGAAGAUUGGUGAUUUUGGUAUCUCGAAGAUCUUGAGCAGCAAAAGUAAAGCCUACACUGUGGUGGGAACACCAUGUUACAUCUCGCCAGAGCUGUGUGAAGGAAAGCCAUACAAUCAGAAGAGUGACAUCUGGGCACUGGGCUGCGUUUUAUAUGAACUGGCCAGUUUGAAAAGAGCCUUUGAAGCUGCUAACCUCCCAGCCCUUGUGCUGAAGAUUAUGAGUGGGACGUUUGCACCAAUAUCUGACCAGUACAGCCCUGAGCUGCGCCAGUUGAUUUUAAGUAUGUUGAGCCUUGAUCCUUCCAAGCGCCCCCAGCUCAAUGAGAUAAUGGCUCAGCCGAUUUGCAUCCGGGCUCUGCUGAACCUUUACACCGACAUUGGCAGUGUCAAAAUGCGGAGAAUUGAAAAGCCAUUAUCAGCAGUAGCACCUACUUCUGGCAGGCGGACAGGUGGGAGGGUUAACAGUGCUCGGUCAAGAGGUGCAAUGCUAACAAACUCCAGUAAGACAGAAAUACCUCCCCCCCUUUCCAUUGUCUACACCUGGGGAAGUGGAAUUGCUUCUCCACUCCGGCUUCCAAUGCUCAAUACUGAAGUAGUACAGGUCUCUGCAGGGAGAACUCAAAAGGCAGGGGUGACCAGAUCAGGACGACUUAUCAUGUGGGAGGCUUUUCCCGGAGGUGCUGGAGAUGCAUCCCUCCCAGGUUGCAUAGAUCAGGCCCAACCACAGUUUAUCUCUAGAUUUCUGGAAGGUCAGUCUGGGGUGGCAAUCAAGCAUGUUUCUUGCGGAGACCUUUUUACAGUGUGUCUUACAGACAGAGGGAUAAUCAUGUCCUUUGGAAAUGGUAGCAAUGGCUGUCUGGGUCAUGGUAGUUUUAAUGAUGUCACACAGCCAAAAAUUGUCGAGGCACUGCUUGGCUUUGAGAUUGCCCAAGUUUCGUGUGGUGCAUCACAUGUUUUGGCAGCAACCAAUGACCGAGAAGUAUUUUCAUGGGGACGAGGAGACAAUGGUCGGCUUGGCUUGGAAACUCAGGAGUCGCAUAAUUCCCCUCAACAAGUGAACAUUCCAGCAGAGCAUGAAGCCCAGAAAGUUUUGUGUGGAAUUGAUUCUUCAAUGAUCCUUACAACGCAGAAUCACAUUUUGGCCUGUGGGAGCAAUAGAUUUAAUAAGCUGGGUCUGGAUAAAAUAACUGCAGCUGAAGAUCCUCAUCCCUCCAAUCAAGUUGAAGAGGUUCACGUCUUCACUCCUGUGCAGUCAUAUCCCAUUAAUGAAGGAAACAUUGUGCACGCUGAUGUUGGGACUGCUCACUCUGCAGCUGUGACGGAAACUGGGGAAUGUUAUACAUUUGGCAGUAACCAACAUGGACAACUGGGCACCAGCACCCGUCGUAAUAAUCGUUUGCCGUACUUGGUCUCUGAUCUGUGUGGGGUAAAAGUUACCAUGGUAGCUUGUGGAGAUGCUUUCACGGUAGCAAUUGGAGCAGAAGGUGAAGUGUAUACAUGGGGAAAGGGAGCCAGAGGACGUCUGGGAAGAAAAGAAGAUGACACUGGAAUACCCAAGCAAGUACAUCUGGAUGAAACAAACCCGUACUUUAUUAUGUCUGUUGCAUGCUGUCAUGGAAACACAUUGCUGGCAAUAAAACCUUUGGGAGAGGAAUCCAUUCCAAGAUGACCUGAAACAUUUGAAUUAAAAGUACUGUCUUCUCUUUCAAACGGAGGAUGCCUAGUACCGAAGAAGGCCAGAAAAGUGACCAGCCAGAGGAAAUGACACAUUUGUUUUUCAGCAGUACUGUGGAUAAUUUUGUGCAUAAAUAUUGCAGAAUGUCUAGUACUGUUGACAUUUGGGAAUAGAUGUUAACAAAAAGUUCCCACAUCUUCACAUUCUGUUCUGAUUACGAAUGAUUGUACUAUAAUUAUGCAUAAUUCCUAAUACUUUGACUACAUCUUGCUGAAUGUUUCCUAAUGAGACAGUUAAGGCUAUAAAUGCCUUUGGUUCUUGUACUGUGCACUUCACCAAUGAUGCGCGUGUGUUUUCAAGUGUUAGAAAACAUUUCUGCAAAUUGGUCCUCUUAUAAAUCCCGUUAGAGGAAGUGUUAAAUGCAACCAGAUUUUUGGUGUUAGUCAUGCCAGGUAUUUGGUUUAGAAAUGAGCUUGGUGACAUGUGAUAUGGGACAAGAGAAAGUGACUGCAAGUUAAAUCUUGUGCAGACAUUUAUAAUGUGCUGCACUUUUAUUAAGACAUUUUCUAGGACUUAGUUCAACCUUUCAUUUUAAUGGGUAUGAAACUGAGUAGAAAUUUCAAUGGUUUUCAAAACUGCCACCAAAGUAGGUUACCUUGUUUAAAUGUUUCACAUCAGCUUCAAAGUUUGUGUCCAAAAAGUGUUCUGGAAUAGAAAAAUGGUCUUCACCAAUUGUAUUAAACAACACGCCCACAGUUCAAUGUCUUGGACAAUUUAGAGGACAGAACUUAAUUGAAUUUAAGUGGUUACAACUUUAAUCAAGGAGAUCAAAUCCCAAAAUUACUGAGAGAAUGCUGCUUCUCUUUUUGCAGGGGGUACAGCAAAUCCAGACUGCAUUCACUUGUUUGUUUGCCUAUUUUCUGCUUGUAAAUUAAUUAAAGACAGAGGACACCGUUGGUAUAGGUGCAUGUAGUGACAAUGGCAAUUUUCUCAUGUAUGAGCACAGGCAGUGAAACUAUUAAGCCCUCUGAUAUUGGAAGAUAUUAAUACUUUAAGAGUCCUGAUGAAGGGUCUCAAUCCGAAACAUCGACUGUUUAUUCCCUCCAUAGAUGCUGCCUGACUUGCUGAAUUUCUGCAGCAUUUUGUGCAUGUGCUCAAGAAUUCCAGCGUCUGCAAAAUUUCUUGUAAUGUUUUAUCCACUGCCUGAUAUUGUGUAUUAUCAAUAAUGACUGGAGGCAUGAGGUUUCGUCCACUUUUCAGCUUGCAUCUUCUGUGAUCCAUAGCCCAUAGAUCUGUACCAUGGGGUGGCAUAGUAGUGUAGUGGUUAGCACAAUGCUUUACAGUACAGGCAACCAAGGUUCAAUUCCUGCCGCUGCUGCAAGAAUUUUUUACGUUCUCCUCAUGACUGUGCGGGUUUCCUCUGGGUGCUCCGGUUUCCUCCCACAGUCCAAAGACGUACUGGUUUGUAGGCUGAUUGCUCAUUGUAAAUUGUCCCGUGAUUAGAUUAGAAUUAAAUCAGGGGAUUGCUGGGCAGCAUGGCUGGAAGGUCCAGAAGCACCUAUUCCACACUGUAUCUCAAUAAAUAAAAAUAAAUAAAUAGCCUAUUAAAAUAUUGUCUUUAUUAAAUUAACCCUAGGAAAAUUGUGGAGUUUUCCUUUAAGGAUACGAUGUAAUCUGAAUUUGCUAAUGUGCCCUGCUGCCAAAUUAUCAAUGUGCACAACCUAUUUAGUCACUUUGCAUAGGUAGCAGAAUUAUGAUAAAUCAUCAUGUUUGCACCAUUUAGUGACUCAUAUCUCCAAUUAAAACUUAAUGCAUUGUAUCUGUAACAAAAGGUUCAGCCAGGUUACCACAUUCCAAAUCUUGAAUGUCAAUGUACUGUAGCACAAUUGCUUGUUAAAGUUCUAAUCUUGUUGAAUUUUUCACAAAAGGCCUUUAGUGUACAAGAACAUCAAUCUAUCUGAAGUCCAUUUUAAGAUGACAGGAAAUUACACCUAGAAUAAUGGAUGCCCAUGAGUGAGUUACAAAACCAUAAUCCAAUCGUUAGAAGUGAUAAACAUCUCUGUACACUUAGCUGUAGAUUCCUAUUUUCUAAUUCAGUCCCUGGUGUCUGCACUUUUUGCACAAAAUACAUAUUGAAGAUGGAAUUUAAAGCAUUAAAUGUUUCAUUGUCCUGUGCUUCUGUAAUCAAUACCCAUUUGCAGUUGCAUUCAUAUUUCAUUUUGGAUUCUGUGACACUACAAGAUGAGUCUGCUGUUUAGCUAUGGAAGGUAUACUUAACCAUUUUAACGCUGGGAGGCAGCUCUUGGAUGCUGGAAUCCUAGUUAAAACUUGCUUUCAUGUGGGACUAGUCCUUUGCUUUGACAUAACGCAGUUUAUGUGAGGUUAUAUAUUGUAGCUGAAAGCAAAACAAUUCAGAACACACCAGCUUGAGAAAAUCUGCAGAUGCUGGAAACCUAAGCAACCCACUCAAAAACUGAGGAAGUCAGCAGGCCAGGCAGCAUCUAUGGAAAAGAGUGAGUAGUCAACAUUUCAAACCAAGACCCUUCAUCAUGAUGAAUGUCCUGAUGAAGGGUCUCAGUAGGAAAUAACGACUGUUUACUCUUUUCCAUAGAUGCUGCUUGGCCUGUUGAGUUCCUCCAGCAGUUUGAGUGUGUUGCUUAGAAAUUGGGCAACUUUGGUUUCUUCUCUCAAUGGAAUCUCCUUUGUAAUUGAAAACAUUGACAAAUUCUACAUAAGCUGCCAGUGAAGAUAUUAUGUACAUUGUAGGGAAUUGGCUGGUCUCCUGAAACUCAAGGCUGUAUUGAGGCAUAAAGUAUAUUCCUCUGACUCCUUUCAUCCUUGCAAUCUUCAAUUUUUUUAUUGUUUCUCAGGAAGAAGGGAUACAGGAUGUUGAUGUAAGUUCAAUAAGAAUUUCUAUGCAAAACCAAUGAAAAAUUCAUGUAGUCCGGGUUUCUAUUUGGCCCUUGGUGCAUGCACAUCGUUGCUUUGUGGGGACAUUUCUCACUCACCCAAGUUGAGAUAGCUUAGGCAAUAGUUGGGCAAUUUAAAGACUCUGUAGCAGUGGCAUUCCUAAAGCCUUGCUGCAUCCCUACACAGACCACUGAUGCCGCAAGUUGGAUGUGGUGGACUGACAAGGAAACUACAGUGCCUAUAAAAAGUAUUCACUCCCCCCCGCCAACCUUGGAUGUUUUCAUGUUGAUUGUUUUACAACUUUGAAUCACAGUGGAUUUAAUUUGGCUUUUUUUGACACUGAUCAACAGAAAAAGACUCUUUCGUGUCAAAGUGAAAACAGAUCUCUAGAAAGUGAUCUAAAUUAAUUACAAAUAUAAAACACAAAAUAAUUGAUUGUAUAAAAAUUCACCCACCUUUAAUAUGACACACCAGAUCAUCACUGGUGCACCCAGCUGGUUUUACAAGUCACAUACUUAGUUAAAUGGAGAUAUGUUUUAGGAGACCUGAGUGCAGACAAGCUAUUUCAAUUGAUUGUCAUAAAAAUACAACUGUAUCUUAAAGGUUCAACUGCUGAUGAAUCAGUACCCUGGCAAAAACUACACCAUGAAGACAAAUGAAUACUCCAAGCUACUCCACAAAAAGGUUAUUGAAAAGCACAGGUCAGGAGAUGGAUACAAGAAAAUUUCCAAGUCACUGAAUAUCCCUUGGAGUACAGUUAAGUCAAUAUUCAAGGAGUGGAAAGAAUAUGGAACAGCUGUAAAUCUGCCCAGAGCAGGCCAUCCUCAAAAACUGAGUGACCAUACAAGAAGGGGACUAGUGAGGGAGGGCACCAAGAGACCUAGGACAACUCUAGAGGAGUUACAAGCUGUAGCGGCUAAGAUGGGAGAGACUGCACACUGGUACUUCACCAGUUGCAGCUUUAUGGGAGAGUGGCAAAGAAAAAGCCACUGUUGAAAAAACUCACAUGAAAUCUUGGCUAGUGUUUGCCAGAAGGCAUGUAGUAGACGCUGAGGUCAGCUGGAAGAAGGUUCUAUAGUCUAAUGAAACCAAAAUUGAGCUUUUUGGCCAUCAGACUAAAUGCUAUGUUUGGCAUUAGCACCAAAAACACACCAUCCCUAACAUGAAGCACGGUGGUGGCUGCAUCAUGCUGUGGGGAUGCUUCACUGCAACGGGCCCUGGAAGGCCUGUGAAGGUGGAGGGUAAAAUGAAUGCAGCAAAAUGCAGGGAAAUCCUGGAUUAAAACUUGAUGCAGUCUGCAAGUGAAUGACCCCAAGUUUUUUCAGCAAGGCAAUGACCCCAAGUAUAAAGCCAAAGCUACACAGGAAUGGCUUAAAACAACAAAGGUUAUGUCCUGGAGUGGCCAAGUCAGAGUCCAGACCUCAAUCCAAAUGAGAAUUUGUGGUUUGACUUGAAAAUGUGCUGUUCACUUACAAUCCCCAUGCAAUCUGACAGAGCUUGAGCAGUUUUGUAAAGAAGGAUGGGGAAAAAUUGCAGUGUCCAGAUGUGCAAAGCUGAUAGAGACCUAUCCACACAGACCCAAGGCUGUAAUUGCUGCCAAAGGUGUAUUGGCUAAAUACUGACUUGCACGAGGUGAAUACUUAUGCAAUCAAUUAUUUUGUGUUUUAUAUUAGUAAUUAAGUUAGAUCAUACGAAAGAGUCUUCUUCUGUUGAUCAGUAUCAAAAUGCCAAAUUAAAUCCAUUGUGAUCCAAUGUUGUGAAACAAUAAAACAUGAAAACUUUUUGGGGGCAGGGUGAAUACAUUUUAUAGGCACUGUAAUUUUGAUGUACUGAAUGAUAAUUAUCCAGGUUGUAGACAGGAGAAUACAUGCUGAAGAAUAAUUUAGCAAGCAGCUGACUAUGAUGUUUCUAUUAGAAUAGGGUUCCCCAAAUUGCUUUCCAAUAUGACAUGAUUUAAGUAUUUAAAAUUUAACAACAUUCCAGAAACAAACAAAAAAAUCAACAUUAUAACUAAUAAUAAAUUAUUAAACAUAAAGAACUGCAUAUAACUUUAAUGAAAAUUUUGUUUGAUUUGAAUAGUUAAUUAUGCUCACCUCUUUCUUGUUGCCUGGCAGAUCGAGUCAGGAUGAUGCUGCCUUCUCUCCCAAGCCUCAGAAUUAAUAGAGACUGGAAAAACAGUGAGUGUGAACGGUAGUUUGCAGCAUAGGGGUGGGGGUGUGAGUGUAGUGUAUCCAACAAUGGCUGAAGUAGAUGUGGCCUGGGGAACUUAUAUAUUUCGAGAUACAGUGGGGAGCAGGCCCUUCUGGCCCACCAAACCGCGCGGCCCAGCAACCAUUUAACCUUCAAACCCGUACUUCUUUGGACUGUGAGAGGAAACUGGAACAUGCGGAGGGAACAUACACUCUCACUCUCACUCUCACACUCACUCUGCCGGAAUUGAACUCUGAACUCCAACGCACCAAACUGUAAUAGCAUUGUGCUAACCGCAAUGCUACGCUACCAUGGCACCUACAAAUUUGUUAAAUAACGUGUAUUUUUCCUUUGUUGUUGUGGACGAUUAUUGUGUUAAAAAAGAACAUGCAAUUUGUUGUGAUUGACUAAAACUGAUCCUCACGGAAGUUGUAACUGGAAAAUAUAAAAGUUUUUAUUGACAGCAAACCUCCAGGAGAACCCAAGUGCAUCACACUCUUUUGACAUGAUGUUUUAUAUUUGUUUAACACAAAGAUAAUAAUAAAUGAUUAACUCAGUUUCAUUUGCUAUAAUUACCCACUUUUUCACUUUGAAUAUAGUCAGAUAAAUUUAUAGAAUUACAUAUUUACAAUGGUAGCACAUCCCAACUAGCAGAACACCUUUGAGUAUUCAAUACUGUUGUUUGUUCCAAAAGCCAGACACCUAAAAUAUACCCUUUUAUUACAGUGCUGAGGCUCCAUGAAUGUACAACUAACCAGAACAUUAAAUGACAAAACUGAUCUGUCCUGAACUGUGCAUUAAGAGGCAGGGAUACAUUUUUAACAACAUACUGAUAGCAGGGACAUUCACCUUUUGUCUUUCCCUAUGUAUUUUCAAUGGGACAGUCCCAAUGAUUGGUUUCACUGUCAGAUCAAAGUUAAGUUGUGUACAGCUUUUAUUUCCUGAAGUCUGGCUUUCAUUUUUGUUAAUCCAUCAUUAUUCUAUCCAUAAUUUCAUUACCCCAGAAUAAUCCCUAAGACAUUUAUUAAUCAUUUGCAUUGUGAUCAAUUGACAGCUUUAUUGAAUUUAUUUACUGCAAACUUGUUCACUGAUUUUGAUUUGAUGUCAAGGUCAACAGAUCUUUUUAUACUUAUCACUGCAAAAGCUCACAAAGCAGAAACUGUAUCAUUAUAGUACCUGAAAUUUCUUCACAGAUACAUAAUAUAUUAACUGUUGUCAUUGUUAUAGUGGUCGGAACGUACCUACUAUUUUGUUCAGGCAACGCGCACAAAAUGCUGGACGAUCUUGGCUCGGAAUGGUGACUGUUUACUCUUUUCCAUAGAUGCCGCUUGGCCUGCUGAGUUCCUCCAGUAUUUUGUGUCUGAUGCUUGGAUUUCCAUCAUCUGCAGAUUUUCUCUUGUUUGUAUUGAUGCACAAGUAACAAGGAAAAAUGGGGCCUUGAUUUGACUCAUUCAACUUUCAGUGUCAUUGGUAUUGCAGUUCUCUGUUGGUACUGUAGUGGCAUGUUGACCUAGUUUUUGCUCUUGAAUCCUUGAGUGGCACUCAUAAACUUCUCCAGGUAAAAGAACAUAAGCUGUAGAAAUUGCAUAAAAACUUCGUAUGAAUGUUAGCGCACUGUAUAAAAUUGAACUUUCCAAUGUAUGUAAGUUCACCAUCAGCUACUUAUGUUAUACGUUCAGGUGCCACUUUAUUAGUGGUUACUGUGUGUAUGCUUGUGGUCUUCUGCUCCUGUAGCCCAUCCAUUUCAAGUUUCAAUGUGUUGUGCAUUCAGGAAUGCUGUUAUAAUGCAUAGUUAUUUGAAUUACUGUCACCUUCCUGUAAAUUUGAAGCAGUCUGGCCAUUCUUCUCUGACCUCUGUCAUUAACAAGGCAAUUUUACCCACAGCACUACUGCUCAACAGAUUUCUUCUGUUUAUUUUUCGCAUCAUUUUCUAUAAACUUUAGAGACUGUUGUUUGUGAAAAUCCCAGGAGAUCAACAGUUUCUGAGAUACUUAGACCACCCUGUCUGGCACCAACAAUCAUUCCACAGUCAAAGUCACUUAGAUUACAUUUCUUCCCCAUCCUGAUGUUUGGGCUGUACAACAUCUGAACCUCUUCACCAAGGCUGCAUGCUUUUAUGUAUUGAGUUUCUGCCACAUGAUUGGUUGAUUAGAUAUUUGCUUUAAUAAACAGGUAUACCUAAUAAAGUGGCCACUAAGUGUAUAUUGUAAAUUAAAUUUCAACUUCUCUUAUUCAGAAUGUUAUAUAGGUAAAGAAAUUAUUAAUAGUGGCAGAAGAACUAAUCACUUAAAACUGAGGGCAUCACUUUUGGUAGAAUACUGGUAAACGAAGCUAAUUGACAUAUAUUGUAGUUAUGCCAUGAUUAACACUGAAAUAGAGUUUCUGCUUCAGUACUUAUUGGGAUGUGUAA